GUUGUUGGGUGUUUUCUUGGCCAGUCGUGACUCGUGUUGUGUAUCUUGUUGAUCGUUUUUAUACAAAGUGAUAUUAUAUAUUUUUUCUUUUCACGUGUUGCAACGAAUUAUCAUUGCGUUAAUUCAUAUAAUUCAUAUCGUUUAAUUAAAUUAAAUUAAUAUAAACCAUUAACAAUGCCACCAAAAAAUCAAAAAAGAAAUGGAUUUUGGUAUUUCUCGCGUGAUUUUCAAAAACGUGAAGAAUCCAAAGGCGUACAAUUUCCAGGAGGUUUGAAGGAAAUUAUGGCAAACCCACGAUGCUCAAAAGAGUGGAAAGAAUUAACUGAAGAAAAGAAACAGGAUUAUCAAUCUCGUGCUAAAAAAUAUAAUGGUUCAGGAUCAUCUGUAAAACUUACGUCACUUGGUGAUCCAAUAUCAGUGAUGGAAGAAAAAUUGCAAAAAAUUAAAGAAUUUGAAGAAAACAUGAGAAUUGAAAUAAAAGAAAAAUUAAGUAUUGCUCAUACUCAUAAUACAAUUCCAGACUUAUCAUUUUAUUUGAUUCAUACAAAUUACUUUUACACCAAGACAUCUGAUGAUUCAGUCAUUGAUUAUAUUCCAGCAGAAUUUGCUGUUAUUGAAUUUUCAUUAAAAGAAGGUCAAAUACGUUAUUUUCAUCAAAUAAUACGUACCAAAUUUGAGCUUGGUUAUACAAGAGAAGCUCUUGAAAUAAGUGAUGCAUCACACAAAUUAACUGAAAAUAUGAAACAAGGUGAAGAUGAUUUUACUGUUAUGUAUGAUAAACUUGUUAAAUUUUUACGUAAUGAUGAUAAAAAGAGUGGUAAAUUGCCAGCAAUUUAUACAACAAAAGAAAUGGCUAACAUUGUACCAUGUCUUUUGGAAAGACUGACACAAGCUGCAGGUGUUCCUGAAGAUACACUUACACUUUAUUCUCUUGAAUAUCUUUUUGGUACAAUGAUGACUUAUGUUAGUUCAAAAUUUGCUGGUAUUACUAAUCCACAUCUCAUUGCUUCAAGUGAACUUGAAAAAGGUGCAUUUUCAUACUCACCAGAUCUCGAGUGUGAUUUUCAUAAGACCAUUGCUGAUUCAAGUAUUCAUUGUAGUUUGUCAAUUGUUCGUCAAUGGGUUUUUGCUGUUUGUGAUUUUUGCUGUGGUGAAUUUAAAAUCACCAUGAAACCUGGUAUUCAUUUGCCAGAUACCAAAGAUAAAAAUCAAACUACAGCUCCAUUGUCAAGAUCUUCAUCAAUGGCAUCAAUUACAUCAAGCAUGCAUUCAUUGAGUUGUAAAUCAGCAACAGGGGUUUCGAAAUCUUACAAGCCAGCUUACAAUUUGACACCAGAGGAAGACAGACGUCGAAGAGAAGCAAAAACACCAUUAACCAUCAUUGAUCAUGGUGAACAAAUGAUGAAGAAAACACAUCGUCUACCAAAUUCAUUGUCAAAGACAAUGAGUGGAAUGUCAUUAAAUUCUCCAUCACUUGAUGAAGCAAAUUUUCCUUCAAUUGGUGGAGGUGGUGGAAGAGGACGUAUUAUUCCAAAAGACAAGAAACUAUUGUCACCAAUUGGACGAGGUCGUGGUGGAUCUGGCAUUUAAAAAAAAAAUUGCUGGUUGACAACCUGUGACAAACACUAUUUCAUAAUCUCCUUUUUUUUUAUAUUAUUUUAUUUUUUUUCAAUGACGUUGUUUAAGUGUUACUUGAGCUAACACACA